AGUCAUUACGGUAAGAUCCCAUACUCCAGUUUUCCCGUUCUCCCUGUGGUUGUAGUGAGUGCUGCUGCUGCCUCCCUGGGAAUCUGUUAAAGCACAUCAGCGGCCACUGCCAUGGCUGAACGCCGGGCCUUCGCUCAGAAAAUCAGCAGGACUGUGGCAGCAGAGGUCAGGAAGCAGAUAGCUGGUCAAUAUGGCAGCUCCCCGCAGCUCUUCAAAAACAUUAACGCCGGAGCUGCAACAACCAACACAGUUCCACUCACAGAGGCUGUAGAGCCUGUGGAUUUUGAGGAAUACCUCAUCACGCACCCUCCCAUCGUUGAGUCAGGUCCCCUGAGGGAUCUGAUCGAGUUUCCUCCCGAUGAUAUCGAGGUCAUCUACAUGCCCAGAGAGUGUCGCACAGUCACCCCAGCUGUUCCAGAAGAAGGUGAUACUGACACUCAUGUGAGAGACUGUGUCCGGUCCUACACUGAAGACUGGGCCAUUGUCAACAGAAAGUACCACAAACUCGGUACGGGCUUUAACCCCAACACCCUCGACAAGCAGAAGGAGCGACAGAAGGGCCUGCCCAAACAAGUCUUUGAGGCUGAUGAGUUGCCAGACAGCAGCAGUUACCAAGACGAUCAAGAUGACCUUAAGCGCAGGUCCAUGUCAAUAGAUGACACCCCACGGGGAAGCUGGGCUUGCAGCAUUUUUGACCUGAAGAAUUCCCUCCCGGACGUCCUCCUGCCACACCUCCUGGACCGAGCUCCUAAUGAGGAUAUAGACCGCCACAAUGAGGACCAGCGCAAGACCAACCGUCACAGGGAACUGUUUGCUCUGCACCCUGCCCUGGAUGAGGAGGAGCCCAUUGAGCGCCACUGUGUGCCUGAAGUACCAAAAGAGCACUUCGGCCAGAGGCUGCUUGUCAAGUGCUUGUCCUUGAAGUUUGAAAUUGAAAUUGAGCCCAUAUUUGCCAGUUUGGCCUUAUACGAUGUCAAGGAAAAGAAAAAGAUUUCCGAGAACUUUUUCUUCGACCUCAACUCUGAGCAGACGAAGGCAAUGUUGCGUCCACACAUUCAGACGGCAGCUAUCUCCACACUGGCUCGGUCGGCCAUUUUCUCCAUCACCUAUCCUUCCCAGGAUGUCUUUCUGGUCAUCAAGCUAGAGAAGGUGCUGCAGCAGGGAGACAUAGGCGAGUGUGCUGAGCCUUACAUGGUCUUCAAAGAGUCCGACGCUGCCAAGAACAAGGAGAAACUGGAGAAGCUCCGCAGCCAGUCUGAGCAGUUCUGUACUCGACUAGGCCGCUACCGAAUGCCAUUCGCCUGGACCGCCAUCCACCUAAUGAACAUAGUAAACAGCGCCGGGAGUCUCGAGAGGGACACCGAGCUGGAGAUGAGCCUCUCAGAGAGAAAAGGAUCAUGGUCUGAACGCAGGAACUCAAGCAUCAUGGGAAGGCGCUCGCUGGAGAGGACCACCAGCGGGGAUGAGGCAUGCACUCUCACAGGGUUUCGACCCGCCACACUGACGAUCACCAACUUCUUUAAACAGGAGGGUGACCGGCUGAGCGAUGAAGACUUGUAUAAGUUCUUGGCGGACAUGAGAAGACCAUCUUCAGUGCUGAGAAGACUAAGACCCAUCACAGCCCAGCUGAAGUUGGACAUCUCACCCGCUCCAGAGAAUCCUCAUUACUGCUUGACCCCAGAUAUCCAGCAGGUGAAACCUUACCCGGACAGCCGUGUUCGUCCCACCAGGGAGAUCCUGGAAUUUCCCGCGAGAGACGUCUACGUGCCAAAUACAACAUACAGGAAUUUGCUCUAUGUGAAUCCGCAGAGCCUCAACUUUGCUAACCGACAAGGAUCCGCUCGCAACAUCACGGUGAAAGUGCAAUUCAUGAAUGGAGAGGAUCCAAAUAAUGCCAUGCCGGUAAUAUUUGGGAAGUCCAGCUGUGCAGAUUUUGCAAAAGAAGCUUAUACAGCAGUGGUUUAUCAUAACAGGUCUCCUGAUUUUCACGAUGAGAUCAAGAUCAAGCUGCCAGCAUCCUUGUCAGACCACCACCAUAUUCUCUUCACGUUCUACCACGUCAGCUGUCAGCAGAAGCAGAACACACCUUUGGAGACCCCUGUUGGAUACACAUGGAUCCCCAUGUUACAGAAUGGCCGUCUGCGGACUGGUCACUUCUGCCUUCCUGUGUCUCUUGAAAAGCCCCCUCAGUCGUACUCUGUUCUCUCCCCAGAUGUUCCGCUUCCUGGUAUGAAAUGGGUGGACAACCACCGAGGAGUGUUUAAUGUGGAAGUGGUGUCUGUUUCAACAAUCCACACACAGGACCAGUAUCUGGAUAAGUUCUUUGCCCUGGUCCACGCUCUAGAUGAGCACAUGUUCCCCGUCCGGAUAGGAGACAUGCGAAUCAUGGAGAACAACCUGGAGACAGAGCUCAAGUCCAGCAUCGCGGCACUAAACUCCUCCCAGCUGGAGCCAAUAGUUCGUUUCCUUCACCUGCUACUGGACAAGUUGGUGCUCCUUGUGGUUCGCCCCCCAGUCAUCGCUGGGCAGAUAGUCAAUCUGGGUCAGGCUUCGUUCGAAGUCAUGGCGUCCAUCGUAAAUCGCCUUCACAAGUACCUCGACACCAGCCAGGACAUGCAUGGACGCAACAGCCUGCUGUCUUCCUAUAUCCACUAUGUCUUCCGGUUGCCCAGUGCUGACCCCAACUCCCCCUCACCAGCAACCUCUGACCCCAAUUCAACCUCAACAGGCCCCGGUGGUCUGGGAGGGUCUGUUCACUACGCCACCAUGGCCCGCUCGGCUGUCCGACCAGCGAGCCUCAACCUAAACCGCUCCCGUAGCCUUAGCAAUAGUAACCCUGACAUCUCAGGCACACCCACUUCUCCCGACGACGAGGUCCGAUCCAUCAUUGGCAGCAAGGGCUUAGACCGCUCCAACUCGUGGGUGCACACCAUGGGCUGUAAGAGUGCCCCCUGGGGAUCCAGCCCCGGGUCUGCUCCAGAAACCAUGCAGGCCAUGGAGCGCUGUGGCAAUCGCAUGUCUUCGCACACAGAGAGUGCCAGUUUCUUGCAAACUUUAACUGGACGGUUGCCCACAAAAAAGCUCUUCCAUGAAGAGUUGGCCCUUCAAUGGGUGGUGAGCAGUGGAAGUGUUAGGGAAGGAGCGCUUCAACAGGCCUGGUUUUUCUUCGAGCUGAUGGUGAAGAGCAUCAUCCAUCACUUGUACUUCUCCGAGCGCCUGGAGUCGCCCCGAAAGAACCGAUUUCCAGAACGCUUCAUGGAUGACAUCACUGCUUUGGUUAGCACCAUCGCUGGUGACAUUGUGUCCCGAUUCCAGAAGGAUCUGGAGCUGGUGGAACGGCUAAACACCAGCCUGGCCUUCUUCCUCAAUGACCUGCUGUCAGUGAUGGACCGAGGCUUCGUUUUCACUCUGAUCAGGGCAUACUGGAAGCAGGUGUCGACAAAGCUUUACACACUGCAGAACCAAACUCUGGAGUCUUUGAGGCUGGAUUUUUUGAGGAUCGUUUGCAGCCACGAACACUACGUCACACUCAAUUUGCCUUGUAGUUUGUUGACUCCUCCUGCCUCCCCGUCACCGUCUGUGUCCUCAGCUACUUCCCAGAGCUCUGGAUUCUCCACGCACGUACAAGACCAAAAGAUUGCCAACAUGUUCGAACUGUCUGUGCCCUUCAGAGAACAGCACUUUCUGGCUGGGCUGGUUCUGUCUGAGCUUUCUGUUAUUCUGGACCCGGAGAACGAAGGGAUGUUCGGCUUACAUAAGAAGGUGGUCAGCGUCGUACAUAACCUCCUGUCCAGCCAUGACUCCGAUCCACGCUACGCUGAUCCAGAAGUCAAAGCUCGGGUCGCAAUGCUUUAUCUGCCUCUGAUUGGAAUUGUCAUGGAGUCACUGCCACAGCUCCAUGACUUCACAGUUGACUCCCAAAACCAGUGGGGUCGCCCCGGUUGUCCUCAGGGGCCAGUUGCUGGCAGCACUGGAGAGGAAGCAGAAGGCGAGGGUAAUGGCAUCAUCAGCCAGACAGUUGCCAUGGCUAUAGCAGGCACCUCCACUGCCUCGCCAAUAUCCCGACCAAGCAGCUUCUUGCUAAACUCGCAGGCGAGUCGUCAGCAUGGAAGCUUCACGGCCGAGUCCAGUCGCAGUUUGCUCAUCUGUCUGCUGUGGGUGCUGAAGAACGCUGACGAGAUGAUUCUUCAAAAAUGGUUCACAGAUCUUUCAGUGUCGCAGCUGAAUCGCCUGCUGGAUCUUCUCUACCUCUGCGUCUCCUGCUUCGAAUACAAGGCCCAUGUUGUCUUCACCAUGCAGGGGAAGAAGGCAUUCGAACGUAUGAACAGCCUGACAUUCAAGAAAUCCAAAGACAUGAAAGCAAAGCUGGAGGAAGCCAUUCUGGGCAGCAUCGGCGCCCGGCAGGAGAUGGUGCGACGCAGCCGUGGGCAGCUUGAGCGUAGUCCGUCUGGCAGUGCCUUUGGUAGUCAGGAAAACCUGCGCUGGAGGAAGGACAUGACCCACUGGAGGCAGAACAGUGAGAGACUGGACAAGAGUCACAGAUCAGUCAGGACCAGAGCAGAGUUGGAACAUGAAGCCCUCAUCGAUGGCAACCUUGCAACUGAGGCCAACUUGAUUAUACUUGACACGUUGGAGAUCGUUGUGCUGACUGUUUCGGUCUCAGAGUCCAAGGAGAGCAUCCUGGGUGGGGUGUUAAAGGUUUUGCUUCACAGUAUGGCCUGCAACCAGAGCGCCCUUUACCUGCAGCACUGCUUUGCAACUCAAAGAGCACUGGUGUCGAAGUUUCCUGAGCUGUUGUUUGAAGAAGAGACAGAGCAGUGUGCAGACUUGUGUUUGCGACUACUGAGGAGCUGCAGCAGCAGCAUCAGCACCAUCCGAGCCCAUGCCAGCGCCUCCCUCUACCUCCUCAUGAGACAAAACUUUGAGAUUGGAAACAAUUUUGCAAGGGUGAAGAUGCAGGUGACCAUGUCUCUGUCCUCACUGGUGGGAACAUCGCAGAACUUCAACGAGGAGUUCCUGCGUCGCUCUCUGAAGACCAUCCUUACUUAUGCAGAGGAGGACCUGGAGCUCAGAGAAACUACCUUCCCAGAUCAGGUUCAGGACCUUGUGUUUAAUUUGCACAUGAUCUUGUCAGACACAGUGAAGAUGAAGGAACAUCAGGAAGAUCCAGAGAUGUUGAUUGAUCUCAUGUACAGGAUUGCCAAGGGCUACCAGACGUCGCCAGAUUUAAGGUUAACCUGGCUGCAGAACAUGGCGGGAAAACACUCUGAGAGGAACAACCAUGCCGAGGCGGCACAGUGUCUGGUGCAUAGUGGCGCCCUGGUGGCUGAAUACCUCAGCAUGUUGGAGGAUCGCAAGUAUCUACCUGUGGGCUGUGUCACCUUCCAGAAUAUUUCCUCAAACGUGCUGGAAGAAUCAGCGGUCUCUGAUGAUGUGGUGUCACCGGAUGAGGAAGGCAUAUGCUCAGGAAAAUACUUCACUGAGCUCGGACUUGUGGGUCUUCUGGAGCAGGCUGCCUCUUCCUUCUCCAUGGCCGGCAUGUAUGAAGCAGUGAAUGAGGUGUACAAGGUCCUUAUCCCGAUCCACGAGGCCAACAGAGAUGCCAAGAAGUUGGCCACCAUUCAUGGUAAACUGCAGGAGGCCUUUGGCAAAAUCGUUCAUCAGAGCACUGGCUGGGAGCGAAUGUUUGGUACGUACUUCAGAGUUGGAUUUUACGGUUCGAAAUUUGGAGACUUGGAUGAGCAAGAGUUUGUGUACAAGGAGCCAGCCAUCACCAAACUGGCAGAAAUCUCUCACAGGCUGGAGGGUUUCUAUGGUGAGAGAUUUGGAGAGGACCAAGUCGAAGUUAUCAAGGACUCCAACCCCGUCGACAAGUGCAAGCUGGACCCAAAUAAGGCGUUCAUCCAGAUCACGUACGUGGAGCCCUACUUUGACACCUACGAGAUGAAAGACCGCAUCACAUACUUCGACAAGAACUACAACUUGCGGCGCUUUGUCUACUGCACCCCCUUUACGCUGGACGGGCGCGCGCACGGCGACCUGCAUGAGCAGUACAAACGUAAAACCAUCCUGACCACCUCCCACGCGUUCCCCUACAUCAAGACCCGCAUCAACAUCAUCCACAAAGAGGAGAUUAUCUCCACGCCCAUCGAAGUGGCCAUCGAGGACAUGCAGAAGAAGACUCAGGAGCUGGCCUUCGCCACCCACCAGGACCCAGCUGAUGCCAAAAUGCUGCAGAUGGUCCUGCAGGGGUCGGUUGGCACCACAGUCAACCAGGGUCCUCUGGAAGUGGCUCAGGUCUUCCUGUCUGAAAUCCCCAGUGACCCCAAACUGUACCGACACCACAAUAAGCUACGACUCUGUUUCAAAGACUUCACGAAGAGGUGUGAAGACGCUCUGCGAAAGAACAAGAGUCUGAUUGGUCCAGACCAAAAAGAGUACCAGAGGGAGCUGGAGAGGAACUACCACCGCCUGAAGGAGGCGCUGCAGCCCCUCAUCAACAGAAAAAUCCCACAGCUUUACAAGCCUGUCCUGCAGGUGAACUCGCACAGCAAACGGACAGCUUGACCAGAGAUUCCUUCAGCAGACUGAGUCUACGCAAACUUGACAUUUGAAGACAGACGCUUUCACGAACUUUUGCAAUAUUAAUUUAUUCCAGAGUGUAAAUAGGAGUCUUCGAGCUUGGUCAGUGUUUCCGAGACGUCAUUCCAGUGUCUUAACUAUUUUUUACAAGCAAACAAAUGGACUUGACCGUUUUUAAAGAGACACCUUGAUCUUGGUAUUUGACAAGGGAGACGUGUGACUCCAACACCAUGUUAAUAAUGUACUGUAGUAUGAAUCGGUGAAAGUGCCAAAAUGAAAUGGAAAGGCCAAAUUUUGUCUUCAAAAAGGUACGAUUGUGCAUUUGACAUCAAGGUGUCUUUUUACCCAAACGUGUCAAAUAUUGUUUUAAAAAAUGUGUGCACUUUUUUUAUUAUUGUGUAGCAAUGCAUUUUUCAACAUAAAGAUUAUGUAACUCCAACAUGCAAAAAAAAAAAAAGUACCAUUAUUUAUCUUGUUUUUAAGUUGAGGUCGGUACUGAAAUAAAAAAAAAAAACACAACUGUAUAAUUUAUGU